CCUCCACCCAAAUAUCACGCAACAAAACAUUUCUAUCCGCCAUCUGUCUCCCAAGAUUCCUCUCUCUCUCUCUCUCUCUCUCUCUCUCUCUCUCUCUCUCCUUCCAUGAUCAGCGGCCGCCACUUCCGAUUCCGGCUAGAUCCGGCGAUGUCUCGCGUCGUAGGUCAUAGGCCAGCACCCCCCAACCUCCCAGUACUCUCCUCAUAUAUUCCGCCGUGGCGACGCCCUCUGCGUCCCUGCACGCGUCUCUAUGGCAACCGUAGUCGCCACGCGUUGCCGGCGCCCGGCGCAGCUCCCACGCCUCUGGUUUGGAGGGCCACCACCCAGCGUCUCAGCAUGCGCUGCUGCCGGCUUGGGCAUGACGGUGCUGCUCCGCCUCGGCUACCUUGUGUCGACGGUCAAUCAGGAUUGCAGGUUGGAUCUGAAACAAUUUGCGGUGUAGGGUGCUGCUCCCUUCUCUCGGUGCUGGCUGGCAGUGGAGACAGGUUCGAGAGAAAAUAUUUUUCAGAAAAGGAAAGUAGGAUUUCAACGCUGUGCGCCCGUGCUCCACACCUGAGUUUGAUCCAACUGGAAUUCGUGGUGUUCAAGAAUGAUGCCUCAUCGUGUAAACAGCUUCAGGGGCAGAUGGUUAUGUAUGGCUUACUACCUCAUCGCGGAAUGUGGGGCAACCCAGUCGCUUCCUUGAAUACCGUCCCCUCGUUCAGGCCACUAAGGCACAUCCGAUUGGUCAAACAUGAUCGGUGUUCUAAUACGUACGCCUAUUAAGUUAUUUAUCAGUUAUACAUAGCUUAUGCCCCCCGCCCCCCAAUGAUCUUUUCUUGCACACUUGGUAAUUUUGAAUUUAUGCCUAAUAGCAUUAUGAUUUUUCUUUGUAGGUUGAGAAUUUCAAUACUAGAUGAUUACUUGGAUCCUUUGAAGAAUAUAUGCUGAUUCUUGGUACUUGGAGGAGAAAGAAGACAAUUAUAUGACUGUUUAGAAAUUUGUGUUCUAUUUUUUUCUAAGUGAUGUACUCCUAA